CAGGAGGACUUUAAGGACAUUUGCCUGGUGCAGGACGUGAGAGGCAAUGACACCACGCUCCCGACGCUCUGCACGCUGUGACUGGUUGGCGGAAGGAGCGCUGUAGCUGGUUGGCAGAAGUGAGGCCACUAUUGCUAUGAGUCAGUCUUGAGGGAAAACGCCGGUAACGCCCUCUCUGGCCGAGGCCUGCGGUGCUGGCAGCAGCUCUCUCCCCAGUAGGCUCUCUCGUUCCUCGGCGCUUACCAUGAGGCGGGUGGACGAGCUGCACUAGUCUGUGGGCAAAUGUUACCGGAGCGCAGUCCAGUACCACAGAGAUCCCGCCCGCGGCCCCAGCAGCAGCAGGAGGUGAAGGAGGAGGAGUUGUCCUACCCUGAGUGGAUUAGCCGGAGCUACGUGGAGCUCAUGAGUCUGAACGAGCACUCGAUGCAGGCGCUGUCCUGGAGGAAGCUCUACCUGAGCCGGGCCAAGCUCAAAGCCUCCAGCCGCACCUCGGCGCUCCUCUCCGGAUUCGCCAUGGUGGCAAUGGUUGAAGUCCAGCUAGAUGCAACCCAUGAAUAUCCAGCCGGCCUACUGAUAGCUUUCAGUGUCUGUACUACUGUGUUGGUUGCUGUACACUUAUUUGCGCUCAUGGUCAGCACCUGCAUCCUGCCGAACAUAGAAGCCGUGAGCAAUGUCCACAAUCUCAACUCCGUUAAGGAAUCUCCGCAUGAAAGGAUGCACCGCCACAUUGAGCUAGCGUGGGCCUUCUCCACAGUCAUUGGAACGCUUCUCUUCCUUGCCGAAGUUGUGCUGCUUUGUUGGGUAAAAUUUCUCCCGGUGAACAAUCCCAAGUUGCUAGUCAAUCAGACCUUCAUCAGUCCUGGGAAAGAAGCGGCAAUAGCGUCAACGUGCAUAAUGGUGCCGUUUGGAUUCAUUUUUAUAGUGUUUGCGGUUCAUUUCUACAGGUCACUCGUCGGCCACAAAACAGAUCGACAGUUCCAGGAGCUGAAUGAACUCGCCGAACUGGCUCAACUUCAAGACCAAUUAGACAAUAGAGGGGACUCUACCCAAUCCCCUGGUCAUUACCCCUAAAAAAAAAAGUCCUGUUAUAGAGUUAUUCGCGUCUGUCUUAUGAUGUUUUGGAUCAUGUGAGAAGUGGGCCGAGAUGAAAUUUAGGAAGGGCUAAUUCUUUAAUACUAAGAAUGCACUUUGAGGCAGAAAUCAAAUCUUAUUCGGUUCCUUUCAACCAUCUUCCAGUGUGAAGGAGACAGGGAUAAAUUAUCUAUGCAUUCUCAGUUUGCCUAAGAUCUAGAUCUCUCUCAGGGCAGAAUGUGGAUUUUAGCAGGGUCUGCUUUCCACAACCAGCUGCUUGGAAACCUCCAUUUAUGGACCAGUACCAGAUUAGACCGUUUUGGAAGAAUCCACUUGUCCCUGUUACAUUACACUGCAGCUUGCUUGCCUGGAUUUCCCCCAUGUAUGUGAUUGUUAUGAAGAAUACAGCUGUCUUACGCCCCACUCCGGGUGAGCAAUGUGCGGCUGACUGCUUGGCUUGUCGACGUCACUGGAAGUCUUCUGCUGCAUGCAGGGAAGUGGACAGACAGUUUUUGUAAUGCAUGCCACUAUAAUCAUUUGUGUGAGCCACUGGAUUGCUUUGAAUAUUUAACAUAGGGUGUUUGUGUGUAUAUAGGCCGAGACUCUCGAUAGUUGAUCCCAAUCAACAGUAUUUUUUUACAGCAUUUUUCGCACACAUUUAUAAUAUUUUGCAUAUGUUUGUUGUCUGAAGUGCCUCCGAUGCAUCAGAGAAGGUGCUGUAUUCAUUUCUGAUUUGUUACAUCUUGUGUGCAAAUCAACCCGCACCCGGCUGCAAAAAUGUGAGAGGGGGGGGGGGUCUUGAUGGUAAUGUAUAGAAUAGCCUCUGGUCUCACAAGUCCUCUCUCCUUCAAGAAAUUUUUGGGUUCUUCAGGUUUCUUAAUUGAAAAACAUUUGGUUUGGUUAAAAAAAUAUUUGUAUAAUUACAUGCUGAGAUGAUCAUUGCUCCUAGAUAUGUUCUUUGUGGCUUAUAAAGGGAAACGAAUGCACAAGGAUGUCCGCUAUCUUCUCACCAGUAGUCUACAUGUCUGCGAUUUACUUCAGUUUCUUUGUUUUUUUAAUAACAGCCCCGAACAUGGAUGUCCACUCAUUGGUCAGGUCAGGUCGCUACCUACAUUUUGGCGCGGAUAGUUCUGCUACAUGGUAUCGGGCAAGGAAAUCCGUUAAGACUUUAUACAGUACACAGAGGGCUAAAUAUUAGUUAAUGGGAUUGUGCCACCAUUAAAUAUUUCAGCAUUAAAAAACAA